AUGUUUCGGCGCAAGGAAGAUACUUUAUCACCUGACCCGUCGUAUCCCGCGGAUCUGAAAGAGCUUGGCUUCUUCAUUAACAAGCUCGGUCAUAUACGCAUGAUCGACGCGCCCGAGAAGCCUUUCGUGUUUCACUCUUUGAACGAUGACCGUCAUAACGAGGUACGCAACGAAGCGUUGCAUGCCUGCUCACGCGCAGAAGUUACUGAGCGGCUCUCUAAACUCGGCAUCAAGCAACUCUACUUCCCUCACCUCGUCACUACAAAGCCUAACGGGCCUCACGUCCCCAUUCUUGCCCCCCCGCCUGACGUUCUCAAGACACGGAAACGAGUCAUUGUCGUCGUCAACGAUGCGUCCCAAGAUCUGGGUAUUCUUGCAUAUCGUCAGUUGCAGCGAGAGCUUGGCUUGAACGGCGGCUCUGUGAUUAACUUUGCGAAAGAGAUAAUCAGGCGCUCCGCUGUUGCUAAGAACGAUGAGGGAUCUUGCAACACGACGGACAUCUUCCACGAUGGUGCCGGAGUCCAAGAUGACAGCGACAUUCCUGGUCUGAUCGUGAUGAAUACGGGUCAGCUCCUGUACUCGCACCGAUACAACCGAAGCAUGACGAUGAGAAGCUGGUGUGCUAUGCCUCGAAAGUCGAUCGCGCACGAUCCGAUCAAGAUACACGACCAGGAGAACUACAUUGAAGGUCAUCGUACCCCUACCGAGCACAUCAGAUCCGUCUUUGACCUGCUCCUGUGCAACCCGGACCGUAUUGCGCCAGACGCUGAAGUGUACAUCAUCGCGAUCGAGGGGGGCGCUGAUAAGGUUUUGGAUGUAUUCAAGAAAGACUUUGACAAGUACGGUUCCCGAGUCACUGCUAUGGCAAUCGUUCACUCUCUGGUAGACAACUCCGAGAUCACCCAUCCAAGUCUCAAAGCCUUCCUCCACCAGCGCACGCGACAAUGGAAGUAUACGGACCUGAGCUCUGAUCCCGGACAAUGCGUAGACUUGCCCGAUGACUACUCCAGCGACGCUUCAUCUCAGACUGCUUCAAAAGGCGCCAAGUCUAUCCACUGGAACGAGGAGAUUCUCAGGUCUGGGUCGCUGUCUGAGGUCACGAAGACAAUGCACCGCCUGGCACUAAAUAUCGUCUCCCCUACAGACGAUGACAACAACAAGACUGCCCCAACCGAGCCGGACACCAAAGCAAGCGCGGAAUGGACGGGCGGAUCCGUUCUAUGCCCAACAUUCGCAGGCGCAGACGAGCCAGCCGGAGAGUGCAUCAUGACCAACCCCACCGUGCAACACGCCAUCCUCUCCUUUUUCGAUCAAGUCGCCCAUGACCCAGCGCACUACCGCAACCCCCCCUUCCUGACCUUUACCGACCCACCGCGCCCAACAGCCGACGCGCCCUUCGCACUGUCCGCCGUGCCCGAGGCGUCAGACAUGCAAUCCGCCAUUCCGCUGGCGACACCCGAGCAGGAAGCGCUGGACGAGGCACGCACCACACUCUUAGACCUGCGCACCGCACUCGGCGCGUCUCCUGCGGACGACAAGCAGCUGGCCAACGGACGCGAGAGACUGGCGCGGAAGAUAGCAAACCAGGAGACAGCGAUCGAGGAACUGGAGGUGGCAGCGCUCAGCAGCGGAAGUCUGAGGCCUGGUGAGGUGGAGGAUCUGCGCCGGGACUGGAGGCCCAAGAUCGAUGGGCCGCGGGUGCCGUUUGCGGGGACGAUGGUCGAUAGCGAGUUACUGAGAGCCGCUGGGUUGGGGGAGAUGGCGGAUAGGGAGGUGGAGAAGCUUGGGUAA